AGCGAGCGUUUUUUGUACAUUUCAUCGGCGGGAAAAAAAAAAUUGCCAUGGCGGAGAAGGGCAAAGAGGUCACCGAGACGGUGGAGAUGAUGCCACCGGAACCCGAGGGUUUGCCCAAGGCUAUCGUGCGCCGGGUGGUCAAGGACAAGCUUUCCGAGAUCUCCACCGACUCCGACAACAUCUCCCUUCUCGGGGAGUCGCUCCAGGCAUUCUCCGAAGGCGCUCGCGUUUUCAUUCACUACCUAUCCGCCUCCGCUAACGAAAUAUGUAAGGAAUCAAAUAGGCAAACAAUUAAUACAGAAGACGUCUUCAAGGCUUUGGAGGAGAUUCAGUUUGGAGAGUUCAUUGGGCCUCUCAGAGCAUCUCUUGAAGAACUCAGAGGAAAGAAGUCUGGAGCAUCAAAGGAAAAGAAAACUAACAAGAAAUCAAAGAGGAAAGAAUCGACAGCGGAAAGUGAUGAUCAAGAGAAACGGCACAAAGCUGCCGACGUUGAGGACGACGAGAAUUCGUGAUGAUCUGCAUUUUAGCAGGUACAUUGUUUUCUUUUAUAUAAAAUAUACAUGCUUCAUAGAUCAUUCAUUAUGUGUAUGAGAGCAUAUUAGUAAGUUGUUCAAUCCUUUCUUUGGCUUUUGCUCAUUGAAAAAAAAAAAAAAAAACAUUCAGUGAUUAAUUUAAAUAAUAGUUUGAUGUGAACAUUUUAUGAAUGAAAAAAAACAGAAAGAAAUUAAUUGGAGAUUUUUGUUGGAUCCGAUAUUUGGUUUUGGACUGAAAAGAAAAAGAGAAAAAAAUCAUUUUUGGCCCUAAUAUAAUCAAAAUUCAUCAAUUUUGGUCUCAAUAUAAAAUUUGUAUUAAUUUUGGUCCAAAUAUAAUUAAAAUUUAUCGUUUUUUAUCCCAAUAUAAUCAAAAUUCAUCAUUUUUGGUCACAAUAUAAAUUUUUUUUAUCAAUUUUAGUCUCAAUAUAAUAAAAACUUAUUAUUUUUUGUCUCAAUAUAAUCAAAUUUUAUUUUUUUUGUUCUAUUGUCAACAAACCGACGGAAAACCGACGGAAAAUAUUGACGUGAAAAAAAAAUCAAACUUUAUAUUUAUAUUCGAAGAAAUUGCACAAUCUUGCAAGUUCAUGUCAGUAUUUUCCGUCGGUUUGUUAAUAGUGAGAUCAAAAAAGAUAAAGUUUGAUUAUAUUGGACAAAAAAUAAUGACUUUUGGUUAUAUUAGGACUAAAAUUGAUAAAAAAAACUUAUAUUGGGACUAAGAAUAAUGAAUUUUAGUUAUACUGAGACAAAAAAUAAUGACUUUUGAUUAUAUUAUGACCAAAAUUGAUAAAAAUUUUAUAUUGGGAUCAAAAUUGAUGAAUUUUGAUUAUAUU